AUGGCAACAAUGACCAAUGUAGCCCUCCUCCUGCUGCUACAACUUGUCGUCUACGGCAAAGUCACGGCGGCGACAUGGUGCGUCGCUAGAAACGACGCCAAAGAAGACGCGUUGCAGACAGCACUGGACUACGCCUGCGGCGCCGGAGCAGACUGCGCACCCUUACAAGACACCGGACUGUGUUUCCUUCCGAACACCAUCCAGGCGCACGCUUCCUACGCAUUCAACAGCUUUUACAUGCACUCUUCCAUGGAUUCCGGCGCUUGUGACUUCUCCGGCACCGCUGCCAUUGCCAAAACCGACCCAAGUUAUGGAACUUGUGUUUACCCGUCUUCUCCGAGCCAACCAGGAGGGAGUUUUCACUACUCGUGCUGCUCUUGGGACUAA